CCUCCAGGACAGAGGGAAACAUGGGACCAGCCCUGCCCCAGACAGUCCUCAUUGGCUGGCAUGAGGCAGAGGGGGCUUUAAAAAGGCGACUAUAUCUGGGCUGGGGACAAGAGCCUGUGCUACUAGAAGGCUGUGUGCCCUCCUCCGACUGGCACCAUGCAGCUCUCUCUAGCCUUGUGUCUCGUCUGCCUGUUGGUGCACACAGCGUUCCGUGUGGUGGAGGCCCAGGGGUGGCAGGCCUUCAAGAAUGAUGCCACAGAGGUCAUCCCUGAGCUUGGCGAGUACCCUGAACCUCCACCAGAGCUGGAGAACAACAAGACCAUGAAUCGGGCGGAGAAUGGAGGGCGGCCUCCACACCACCCCUUUGAGACCAAAGACGCAUCCGAGUACAGCUGCCGGGAGCUGCACUUCACCCGCUACGUGACCGACGGGCCGUGCCGCAGCGCCAAGCCAGUCACCGAGCUGGUGUGCUCGGGCCAGUGCGGCCCCGCGCGCCUGCUGCCCAACGCCAUCGGCCGCGGCAAGUGGUGGCGCCCGAGCGGGCCCGACUUCCGCUGCAUCCCCGACCGCUACCGCGCGCAGCGGGUGCAGCUGCUGUGUCCCGGGGGCGCAGCGCCGCGCGCGCGCAAGGUGCGCCUGGUGGCCUCGUGCAAGUGCAAGCGCCUCACCCGCUUCCACAACCAGUCGGAGCUCAAGGACUUCGGGCCCGAGGCCGCACGGCCCCAGAAGAGCCGGAAGCCGCGACCCCGCUCCCGGGGAGCAAAAGCCAACCAGGCGGAGCUGGAGAACGCCUACUAGAGCCUGCCCGCCCGCCGCGUCCCUCCCAGAGGGCGCCCGUCCACGGGCGCCCCCAAGUUUCUGUCCUCUGCGCACGGUUUGAUUGUUUGUGUUUCAUUUUAAAAGCUUGCAACCCAAGGUGGGGAGCUGAGACCUUCCAGGCCCCGGUCGAGGGGUUCCCGCAGGGAAGGGGAGAGAGUUGGGAGUCACAUACACUGAGCCACGCGGCCCCGCCCCCCGGGGCCGCCUACUUUUGCUGGUCUCACUUCAAAUGGAAGCAUUUUCACUCCAGGGAUUGGUUAUAAGGGAGCGGUGGGGAGUGUGAAAAGUCUCGGGACUGGUUUAGAAAGUUCAUAAGGUUUUCCAUCCACCUGUCUGCCCAUUAUAAAGCCUGUGUCGUGCCAAGAACACAGCAGGGGUCUGUAGAUAUGGUUUCUAGGCCUGACUCAGCCACUAAUUUGCUGUGUGACCUUGAACUACACUUUUCUCUUUCCAGACCUCAAUUUCCUUUUGUAAAAUGGGGGUGGGGUGGGGUUAGGAAUUUAAAGAAUGGACCAUCAUGUAAUGUAUUAAUGUAUUCCAAGGACUCUUACCUUUUGAAUGGGCAGGAGUGGAGAGAGAGACACAGAGACAGAGAGGUUGAAUUGACUUUCUACCAAGGUCACUUCCGGAGUUCAGAGUUGCUCUGAUCUGACAGCCAAAGAUGAAAAACAAGCAGGAAAAAAGAAAAGAGUCUAUUUAUGGCCGACAUAUUUAUGACUAAAAACUCCUGGAAGAAGCUGCUUUGUUUCCUAGCUUGGCCUCCCCAGAUGUUUGGCUACCUCCACCCUUCCAUCUCAAAGAAAUAACACCAUCAAUUGGGGUAGAGAAGAAGAGGGCCCCAAGGGUGAUGGUGUGUCCAGAAAUCACACAGCCACUCCUCAUUCCCAAAGGGCAGUAACCCUCCCCGACCCCAUGGCCAUAUUUUAAAUUUACCUACUGAUGAGAAGUUCAAGGUUCCAGGAUGCUGGGCUUGGAGGCCUAAGGGAGCAGCCACCACACACUCAAAGACCAGCACAUUCCUUUUGAGGUCUUCCUCCUGCCCCCCACUUACAGACACAUUUCUGCCUAGAAAUCAGCUUCUGGCUGCUGUCACUUGUGAUAUAUCUUCCUUUAGGAGAAAACCAUUGGGGAAAAAUUACAAGUGUUGUACAUAUGCUGAGAAACUGCAAAGCAUGAGAGCUGCCACCAAACAAACUUUUUGAAAAGCAUUUCCAGACACCUCUUACUUUCUAUGUAGUUUUUAAUCGUUAAAAAAAAUAUUUUAAACAGAAGCACAUGUUGGAUGAAAGCCUGCCGGACUGGUUGUUUUUUUGUAAACCUUCCACGUGGAACUUGUCCCCAAGAAUGAAAGUAGUGGUUUUUAAAAAGUUAAGUUACAUAUUUAUUUUCUCACUUAAGUUAUUUAUGCAAAACUUUUUCUUGUAGAGAAUGACAAUGUUAAUAUUGCUUUAUGAAAUAACAGUCUGUUCUUUCAAAUCCAGAGACAUUGUUAAUAAAGACAAUGAAU